GAAAAGGCAGAUAUCACUCUCAUCUUACAGGGUUACAAGACGCAAACGUAUCAUCUGCAGAUAAUCCUCUCAGCUUGUUGUUUUUCUGUCUUUUAACAAUGGCCAAAACAUUUACACUGUUGUCCGCUCUUUUGGUUGUCAUGUCCAUUGCAGUAAUGCCAGCCACACCAUCAGCAGUUCAGGAUUCAGAACCAGAAGCACCUCCAACUACGGCACCUCCAGCUACGGCACCUCCAACUACGGCACCUCCAACUACGGCACCUCCAACAACGGCACCUCCAACUACGGCACCUCCAACAACGGCACCUCCAACUACGGCACCUCCAACUACGGCACCUCCAACUACGGCACCUCCAACAACGGCACCUCCAACUACGGCACCUCCAACAACGGCACCUCCAACUACGGCACCUCCAACUACGGCACCUCCAACUACGGCACCUCCAACUACGGCACCUCCAACAACGGCACCUCCAACUACGGUACCUCCAACUACGGCACCUCCAACUACGGCACCUCCAACUACGGCACCUCCAACAACGGCACCUCCAACUACGGCGCCUCCAACUACGGCACCUCCAACAACGGCACCUCCAACUACAGCAACUACACUCAUAUCUUCUACAACUACUACAGAGUCUCCAGAUCCUUGUGUUUCCAACCCAUGUGGCCAGGGAAGCACCUGUGAAGGUCGUGCCAACAACACCUUUGUAUGUUUGUGUCUGCCUGGUGAUUCCUACAGUAGUGUAACCCAGACUUGUCAGACUGCCAAAGUGUAUCCUGGGAAACUGGGCCUGACUGCAAUAACAUACAAUGAAGACAUGAAGAAUAAAAAAUCUGAAGCCUUCGGAAAAGCUUCAGAUAAAAUUAUUUCUGCUAUGGACGAGAUUUUUAAAGUAGGAUACACUGGCGCAACAGUGCUGGAACUCCGGGAAUUAAAAACUCCAUCUAGAGCAAAGAGUGGAGUUGAAGCAUCAGUAGACAUCUUUUUUCAAGCAAAUGCAAACAUUAAUCAAGAACAGGUUAAAGACACAAUAGAAAAACCCAGCUGCAAAGAUUGUGUCCUGAUUGCUUCAACCUUUACACCUGAAAACCUGUGCAACUCCAAACCCUGUGACCAACAAACAACAGAAUGUACACCUGAAGAUGGCUUUUUCAUUUGCUCAUGUGCUGCCGGCUACAUUCCAACAGAUUUCAGUAACAGAAUCUGUUUGGAAUGCCCCAGUGGGACAAAAUACAUAAAUUCAGAAUGUGUAAAAUGUCCAUUUGGUUAUACUGGUUUUGACUGUAAAGACAAUUGGCUGCUGGUGUUGGUGAUCGUUGGCUCUGUGCUCGGAGGACUGCUCCUCAUCACCCUCAUCCUUCUGCCAGUAAUGGCAAUGAAGAUGAAGAAGAAAGGCCCCAAGAGUAAAAAUGAAGAUAUUGGAAAACCCUAUGUGAGCCACUCUAUUGCCAAGGCUCCACGAGCUGACAGCAGCGUACACAACGGCUACUCGAGCUCAUACCAAGAGUCAAAUAAUACUGGAGUGGCCAACGGUGGGGCACCUCGAAUUCCUCGGGCCACCAGCAACUGGGAGAGCAACACCAACCUGGAGAUGACACCAAGCAACAGCCGGCAAAACUUGAUUUCUUCAGGAAGGAACACGCAGCUAUACGACGACCAGGAUGACAUGUUCACUUUUGAUCAGCCUCGACUCCAGAGCAACCCUUAUGGUCAGAGUCAAGGCCAGAGGAACGUGUACGCUCAGGUUCGAGAAACCAACCCAUACGCCCGGAGCCAAGCCAGCUCCAACCCUUACGCCAUGUGAGGCAAGCGGUCCGACUGGUGCAAAAUCACAAAGUGACAUUUCCCCUCAUUCAUUCUUUUAUUAUUAUUAUUAUUAUUAUUAUUACUGUUUUCUAACAUAUUGCACAAUGUUAGCUUCUCUUCAGAGAAAAAUAGGUAUUAAAGAUAAAGCUCAAUAGUAGCUGAAAAUGUGCAAAUGACUGAAAACGACCUGCUGUUUCAUCACUUUACAUGACACAAACAGAAAAUAUUUUUCAUUAAGCAAUUCGGUAAGCUUUAUAAAAAUGAUCAGUUUUGGUAAUCACUUCAGGUAAAAGUAUUUUAAAAACUGUUUCGACUGUUCAGAACAAAAGGAGACAUUGCCCGAAUGUUUCAGCUGACUGAAUCAUUUGACCUAACAGAAAUGUUUAGUUGAGAAAAUAGUGAAAAACGUUGAAGUUUAAAUGUGAUCUUUUUCCUACACAGGGAACAUUAGGUGAUUCUGCACCUUUUAAUAGAAUCUUUAUCAAAUGUUUACCUUAUAUAAAUUGUUUACUUUUCGGUUUUUUAUGACAGAGUACAUCUGUUUUUUAUUACCAAGUAUGUUUUUUAAACUCUUUAAGAUCACUUUAAAGGCUGAUUCGAAUGUGUCACUCUGCAUAAAGCUUACUGAAUAUUUUAUAGCAUUUAUAUCUUGAUUCUUCUGUUAUGUAAUAAAUAAUUCUUUCAUGUAUUAUAAAGGGCUGUUAAAUUAAAGCAAUAAAUGAGAAUUUAUUACCUUAAA